CUUAUACACAUGCGCAGACAUGCACACACUUUCUCUUUUUGUUGUGCAGAGUUCUCUCUUCACUUUGUGAUGAGGCAAACACAAGGACGAAAUCAUUAAGUGCCUGAAAACAGAGUAGCUUGUGUAAAUCACACUGAAACUGUGGAUAAUGCGUGCACUGGGAGCUGCUCCAGUUCAGGUGGAGGGUCAGAGGCUUUCGUGGGUUGGUAUGGUUUUGACUGUGCUGGUGAUUACCUCCUCUUCGCUAUCAGCGCUGUCCCUAUACCACAUGCUGGCUCUGCAUGCAGAGGUGGAAGUGCUGAAGAGCGAGGUGAGCCGCAGGAGAGAAGGUUGCAGAGACACACCGGUGGAAAGCAUGAGAGGACCCCAGCACCAGCAACGUGAGGAUGAUGCCAACACAGCCCCGGUGAGGAACAGUGUGGUGCCUCCUAGAAUGCAAACAGAAGCUUCUGGAAGGCAGCAAGAACAGUUAAGGUUGAAGAAGAGAAGUCUGGGAACACUUCAGCCGUUCUUGCAGAUGAUACCAGACAGCAAGAGGGCGACCUUUCAGAAAGACUUUGCAAUGGAGAAACACACUGGCAUUCCGUGGCAGGCUGGUCUACAGCGAGGCGAGGCUCUUGAGGCGGAUCAGGAUGUCAUAGUGGUUAAAGAGGAGGGCUAUUACUUCAUUUACAGUCAGGUUUAUUUUCAAGACCCGCAUUAUGCAAUGGGCUACAUCAUGAUCCGCAUGAAAAAGCAUGUGGUCGGGGACGAGAGUCAACAUGUUGUUCUGUUCCGCUGCAUCCAGACCAUGAACGUGAAGGUUCCCUAUAACACCUGCUACACAGGAGGGAUAGUGAAGCUAGACGUUGGAGACACAGUGGAGCUGCUUAUACCUCGACCCACAGCAAGCCUCUUUCUGGAUGGAGACUGCACCUACAUGGGAGCCAUCAAACUGGCCUGAUUUACAUAUAUGGCGUUUGGCAGAUGCUCUUAUCCAUAGUGACUUACAUUUAUCUCAUUUAUACAACUGAACAAUUAAGAGCCUUGCUUAAUGGCCCAGUAGUUGCAGCAUGGUGGCCUUGGGAUUCACAAACUUCCACAACCUUCUGAUCCGAUCAGUAGUCCAAUGCCUUAACCACUCAGCUACUGUACAAAAUAGUAGAAAUGAGACACCAGCUUGUACUGCUUUUGGAAAUCUCAGUACACAGGGUACUUUCUUUAACUAACCUGUAGAGACCUGUAUUGUGUAUUAACUUUUAGGAGGUGGGGAACUACACAAGAUUUCACAUAUGGAGGUUGAUAGAGGUGGAUAUGGAGGUGUGAGCAAAUUAAAUGCAAAUUGGCUGUGGUAAAUUUUCUAUCAGUGUGAAUUAGUGUAUGAAUAGGUGUGUACAUGGUGCCUGGUGAUGGACUGGUGUCCCAGCUGGUAUGAAUCCCACCUUGCAGCUAAGGUUCCAGGGAUUGGCUUUGGAAAGCACUGCAACCCUGACCAGAAUAAAGUGGAUACUGAAGAUGAA